AGAUAAAGAAAAACCCAUAAAUAUAGGAAAAUAAAAACACACACACGCACAAAAAUCAGAAGAAAAGCAUCAGCAACAGUAACCUUAAUAAAAGCUGAAAAGAAGAAAACAAAGAUCCACCUCGAUCACCUCUCCCCAGUCCCCCCACACACACCCACGCACCCAUAACCGCUCACUCUUUCUCUCUCUAAAAAAAGAUUUCUCUGUGCCUCAAGAUCCUCAUCUCCUAAAAACACCACCUCUUAAUUCCCACAAUUUUCAGCUCAAAGAUUCAAUUUUUAGCAUCAAUGAGGGAAGAAGAUUCCAACUGGUUUUCCAAAUGGGAGGAGGAGCUGCCGUCGCCGGAGGAUCUCAUGCCGCUUUCGCAAUCCCUAAUUACUCCCGAUCUCGCGCUCGCCUUCAACAUCCCCAACCACCACCACCACCACGCGCCGCCCCCGCCGCCGCCGCGCUCCCCUCGCAGGAACUCCUCCGGCGAGUUCGACUCGCCGGAAGUCAGCGCCGCCGCGGCUUGCGGCGGCGCCUCCGACGAGCCGGCGCGGACGCUGAAGCGGCCGCGGCUGGUGUGGACGCCGCAGCUGCACAAGCGGUUCGUGGACGCGGUGGCCCACCUCGGGAUCAAGAACGCCGUGCCUAAGACGAUUAUGCAGCUGAUGAGCGUCGACGGCCUCACCAGGGAGAAUGUCGCCAGCCACCUGCAGAAGUACCGCCUCUACCUCAAGCGGAUGCAGAGCAUCUCCACCGGCGGCGGCGGCGCCGCCUCCGGCGGGGACCCCGCCACCGACCACCUCUUCGCGAGCUCGCCCGUGCCGCCGCACUUCCUGCACCCCGUGGGGCGGGCGGGCUCGGAGCACUUCCUGCCCUUCGUGCCUGCGGCAAUGCACCACCACCAAAUGGCGGUGGUGGCGCCGCCGCACCACCACCACCACCAGCAGUUUAGGCAUUUCGGGAACUCGCCGCCGAAUGGGCAGUUCGAUCACCCUUACAUGAGACCGCAGGUGCAGAGGCUGCCGCCGUAUGUGGAGGAUUUGGAGUCGUCUACUCCGGCGAGUGGCCGGAAAGUCCUCACCUUGUUUCCCACCGGAGAUGAUUGAGAAAUAGGUCCAUUUUAUCGGACCUUUUUUUUAUUUUUUAAGUGGAACUCAGCCCCCUGUGAAAAAUCUUGUGAUUGAUGCUAUAAUUACAGCCUUUUAUUCUUGCCAAUUUGGUGUUGAUUUUUAGGUUUUCAAAGAUGGAGUUGUUAAAAAUGAUUUCACACUUGAUUAGUGUGCUCAAUUGUUAGGUAUUGCAUAAUGUAGGUUCAAAUAUGUGAAUAAUUCGGUUUGAUGAAUUCAAUGAUGUCUAAGAAUUUCAGUUGA